AUGGCCAAUGUCGCUGCCGUAAUUGCAUCUAUGAAGGUAUCUUCCCCAGGACACAAUUGCCUCUGCCUUACCACCUUACAGGCAAUCCCCGUAGAGGUCAUCGCCAUUCUGUUUAACUUGUUACUGCUGAAAGGCCUGCUGCCUACCAGAGGCAAAGACGGCAACAUCUUCAUCUCUCUGGUGACCUUCAUCAAGAAGGUGAAGGUGCCCGGCAAUCCUCUGGAGUUCUGUCCCAUUGGGAAUUACUUUGUGCAAGUCUUCCAUAGAGUUCCUGCAAGCCAUCUUAGGGCAUCCCUCCCUAACCAUCAAGACCAAGUCAGGCUCAUACAUCUUGAUGGGAUUGCCCACAAUGUCCUCAAGCUGAAUGCGGCCCUACACCCAGCCCGUGCCAAACACGAGAACCUGGCGGUCACCCGCAAAGCAUUCGACUGUCUCCCCAAACUCCUUAUGGGGUAUCUGCGAUCCUACUUCAGCAUGAGCAGGCUACAGAUUGGAAACGACCUGAUCCAUCCUAAAUAUAGUAGGGUCAAGCAGGGAGACCCUCUCUCCCUGUGGCUAUCCAACCUGGCCCUGAAUCAGAUACCUAAGGGGCAAGAGGAGUAUGCCUUUACCAUCAGUGCAAUAGUUCUCAAUCAGAUGGCUUAUGCCGAUGAUGUGAUUCUAUUCGGCAGUUCCCCUGAAGAGAUGCAAAAGCGGCUGGAUCGACUUGCAGUCAGCCUUGGCCACAUUGGACUUGAGCUAAAUGCCUUGAUACUGUAUACUCUUUAUUUGAUGCGACAAGAGGAAAUUCAACUUUUGACACAGAUGUAUCAAUCUCGGUCGAGUGUACUCGCCUGUCAGUUGUGA